AUGUUCUCGACUCUCUUCAGAAUCUUCCUCUUUUUUCUGCUUCUCGACUUGGCUCAAGCUCAAAUCGGUCUUGGUCUGAACACCGGAGUCGGUCUCGACGGUCAGCAUCCAGGUUACGGUGGUCCCAUUGGAAGCGGCGGGAUUACUUCCAAUAUCAACAGUCAAGCAGCAGGUGAACCAUUAUUUUACUACGUUUUUUUAUGAUUAUUUUAUGUUAUAAACAUCUAGAACACCAGCAUAAACCGACUUAUUUGUAAAAAUUUUUAUAGUUGCUAACUUUUUGAAAACUGUUAGAUUAUUUCCUGCCUAACCAAAAAAAAAACUUUUCUCCUGAAAAGUUUCAUAAUUUCGUCAGAAAAAUCAAGACUGUAAAGUUAGAAAAAGUUUUUGCCUCCAAGAAAUCUCCGUUUCUCGGAAAAUUUGAUCAUCGUGUUUCAAAAUGCAAUAGAACUUCAAAAACUAAAUCAAAAAGCCGUUUAAAACACCAUCUAAACUUUCCAAAACUCAGUUUAUGAAUAAAAUCGAUUAGAAAUGAAAAAAAUGAAAAAAAAAAACCUCCUAUUCAUUAUUUCAAAAAAAAAUUAUAGCCUGGAGAGUGGAAACGAGUGAUAGCAAUCAACAUCGUGUAUUCUUUCCUAUCAAAAAUGCCUGAAACACUUCGAUAUUCAAAGACAUUUCAGGGCAAAGCGACACAGCCGGUGGGAUUCUCAGCCGAACUCUUCGAAUUUGA